AGAGAAUUCCCUCCCUCCAGUCAUAGUUUUUGGUUGGGAGGGAAGAAUUUUCUGGAAUGUGGGGAUGUGGGGGAAGUAGGACUGGAAGUCUGCAGGUGAAAUUAACAAAAAACUACAUUACGUGGCCAAGUGGAAAGAUAAAACAAUCUAGUUUUGCACAAUGUCUAUGGCAGUGGUUUAACUUCUCCAAUACAGAUUUUUUAACCAUUAAGUCCCCCCAAAACUCUUCUGCCUCUGUCUCGCCACGGGUUAAGACAACUAGACACCUCCCAUUGCAAUUUAGAAAACGACAGCCCCCUGAAGUCUAACAGGAGGCUGAAUGCAUGUGCGAAUCUGCACGUAGCUUUCAGACAGACCUCCAAAAAAUCCAGCCCUUCCUUACCACCAGAUGGCCAGGAGCAGUGUGCCGAAACAUCACAGAUUAUAGGACGAACCAACCACCAGGACUGAGUUCAGGUCAUUUUCUGCUGCACCGAGUCUCCGGCUUCAGAAGACCCGACGACCGAUCAGGGACACAUUUCUGCUCCAGGAUGCUCUCAAUAAGGAUGGAGCUCCCAUGUUGGUGUUUAUUAUUGCUGAGCUGCCUCCAGUCACUCUCUGCCCACCAUGACUUCUACACCUCUAUUGGCCAGAUGACAGAUCUGUUAUACACAGAAAAAGACCUUGUCACCUCUCUGAAGGACUACAUCAAAGCAGAGGAGAACAAGCUUGAGCAGGUCAAAAAGUGGGCUGACAAGUUGGACACAUUGUCAGCCACAGCCACACAGGACCCCGAGGGCUUCCUGGGGCAUCCUGUCAAUGCUUUCAAACUGAUGAAGAGGCUGAACACGGAGUGGGGGGACCUGGAGAGCCUUGUACUCAGCGACACCACCGAUGGAUUUAUCUCCAACCUGACUAUCCAGAGACAGCACUUCCCCACAGAUGAGGACCAGACUGGGGCCGCAAAAGCUCUCCUUCGGUUACAAGACACAUAUAGACUGGAUGCCAACACCAUUUCAACAGGAGACCUCCCAGGUGUGAAACACAAGAGCCAGAUGACUGUGGAGGACUGUUACGAGCUGGGGAAAAUUGCCUACUCAGAUGUUGAUUACUACCACACUGAGCUGUGGAUGGCCCAGGCUCUGAAGCAGCUUGACCAGGGAGAGGAGUCGACAACAGACAAGGUGACAGUGCUCGACUACCUCAGCUACUCCAUCUACCAACAGGGAGAGAUAGAGCGGGCUCUGGAGUACACCAAGAGGCUGCUCGAACUGGACCCAGAGCACCAGCGUGCCAAGGGCAACGUGAAGUACUUUGAGUUCCAGCUGGAGAAGCUGAAAAAAGAGGCAGAGGAUCCAACUGAGAAAAAGAAGGAGCGAGGCAAAAGGGAAACGACUGAGAAGGCAGAGAAGCCCAAAAAGAAGGUCGCCAAUAAGCUGGUCCCGGAGAGGAAGAAGUACGAGAUGCUGUGUCGUGGCGAGGGGAUCAGAAUGACUCCCCGCAGGCAGAGCCGGCUUUUCUGUCGUUAUUAUGACAACAAUCACAACCCAAAAUACGUACUGUCACCCGUCAAACAGCAAGACGAGUGGGACCGCCCUUACAUUGUCCGCUACAUUGACAUCAUCGCUGACAAAGAAAUUGAGAGGGUCAAGCAGCUGGCAAAGCCCCGACUACGCAGGGCCACCAUCUCCAACCCCAUCACUGGAGUGCUAGAGACAGCUCCAUACCGGAUCAGCAAAAGUGCUUGGCUCACUGGCUACGAAGAUCCACUGAUUGAUAUAAUCAACCAGAGAAUCGAGGACCUCACAGGACUGGAAAUGGACACAGCAGAAGAGCUGCAGGUUGCAAAUUAUGGCGUUGGAGGUCAGUACGAGCCUCACUUUGACUUUGGAAGGAAAGAUGAGCCAGACGCUUUUAAAGAGCUGGGCACUGGAAACCGCAUAGCUACAUGGCUCUUCUAUAUGAGUGAUGUAGCAGCCGGUGGAGCCACAGUAUUCCCAGAUGUUGGUGCUGCAGUGUGGCCCAAAAAGGGAUCAGCAGUGUUCUGGUACAAUCUGUUUGCCAGCGGAGAGGGAGACUACAGCACCAGACAUGCAGCGUGUCCAGUGUUGGUCGGCAACAAGUGGGUAUCAAACAAAUGGAUCCAUGAACGAGGCCAGGAGUGGCGGCGACCUUGCGGCCUAAAUGAAACGGAUUGAUUGAAAAAAAGGACGCCCCCUCAUCAACUUCCCUGCUCCUCCUUUCCUCUUCCUUGUGAGCCACCCAGGAACACAGAACACUGCUGCACUCAUACAUGAUACACAGAGUACAUAUACUGGGGGUUGAAAUGUCUCUCUCUCACACACACAAAGAGUCCUUUGUUCCCCCUCCAGCUGUGACACUCAAAGCCCAGACCUUGUUUUGGUUGAUUUCAAUCCCCUUGACAGUAUUAGCAUUGUUGUGACAGAUAAGGUGUCCGAUGGUGGUCGGAUGGUUUUGAGAAACACUCGGGCCCUUCUCACUCUCUCAUGUGUCCUUCUUUGCACUCUGUAUGAACUCUGUGGUCAUGUUAUCCCUCAGUAUUGUCUUAAGUUCACCUUAAAGGUACAGAGGGGUUUCUUUUGUUUCAUUAUCAGAGCACUUGAGCUUGUUGUUUUUGCAAAAAUGUAAGGACUUUAUCAUUUUUCAGACUAUAGCUUAGUAAGCCUCCAAUGCACCAAAAGCUGGCUUAUUUUUCAAAUAGACUUUCAUUAAGUCUUAACACAAGGUGAAUGGCAGAUUCACUGGUUCUCUAUUUUCUGUAUACAUGUGGUUUUAAUGUGUUUUAAAAAUAAGUUCAUGUGAAAACUAAAGUAAGUGCUCACUAAGGAACAAAAGGACUCACAGCACAUUAACUAGUCAUAUUUCCAAGGAAUGGAAAAUCCAACCUUGGUCCAGGGGGAGUGUGUUUUGUUUGGAAACAAACCCUUUAUUCCCUGUAUGAUAUCAGAAGUAUACAUCUGCGCUGCACACUUUUUAAUACACCACUUUCCUUGCUGGUCUGCGUCAAA